GGUUAUUCGUCAUCUCGACACACUAAACUCACCACGAAUUUAUCCAGUUGAUGGAACUCAAAAUUUGUAAAAUCAUGUCGUCAACUCGCCAGGACAAGAUUUUCAUUCGUGUCCAGAUUGAAACUUAGAUUUUAUCACUUUUAUGUUUUCGCCAACUUCACACAUUUUAGUAUUUUACCCGAUUUCAAGCAAAAAAGUACAGUCGAGGACAUUCAUUUUCUGUGUCAUAAACAUCAUCGACCACUGAACGUCCGUUUUGCAAACGUUUGAAACGCGAAAAAAUGAUUCCCAAACUCCUCCACAGCAUUUUUAUUUAAAACUAGCUGAUUCCGCGAACUUCGUAUCCUUUAAACCUUCCCUGGACCUCUCCUUCUCUCUGAGAGAUUCUAAAAACAAUUUUGUCAAAAAAUCUUAAUUUCUUGGGGCUCGGCGCAAUGUUUUUUUUUUACUUGGCAAAGGUACAGUUACGUAGUAGGUACAACGCCAUCUAUAACUUUUUCGGGUACUAUUUGUACUUUUUUUUUCUCAAAACGAAAACCUUCCAUUUGAUUCACGUAGUUACCUAACCACAUAUAUUUUUAUUGCAGCAGUGCCAAAAUGGCCAAAACUCCCUAAGUGGAACUAAAGCUGUCAACCCCAAUUGUAUAAUCUAUGGUAAGCCUCACGGCAUGACAUUGACAGACAAGUGGCAUCGAUCGACCGACCAUCUUGUUGUAUUCGACCUGCAGGUCGCCAUAUUAUGUUGUUCCAUGUUUAAAUGUAGGGGUCUAAUGCUAACGUUUUUUUAAAUUAUUGCAUCGUUUUUUAAAUUUUAAUAGUGAGUGUAGAUCAGUGUCUAAAAAAAGUUGAAUAUUGAAUCCCCCGUUUAAAUAAGGACCUGCGGAAAUGCAGAGUGCAGACGAGGACAGUCAAGCCAAAUCUAGGUGUGAUGAAGAUAAUAUUAACUUUAGGCCUUCGCCCAACUUCAAACACAUGAAAAAAUAUUUAAAAUCAAAAUUUGAAGAAAUGAUAAAAGCCAGAGAGAGCCAGAGGGAAGUAGCCUUAGAAAAGUCUACAUCUGGACAUGAUGCACAAGAGAAAGUCAAUACACCAGUGCAGAGUGCACUGGUGCAACCACCUUUACCGCCUAAUCCACCCCCACCUGAUACUCCUCCUCUGCUAGUAAACUUGAAGCAGGAGAUUGAAGAUGAUGAUUAUAAACAAAAUGAACCUCCAUCAGAGUACAAUCAAACUGAAGAGCUCAAAACAAUUAACAUCAAAACGGACCAGUCUGAGGCAUCAGAAAAACCAAAUGUAGACAUGUGCAGGAAUUUUGCAAGAGGCAAUUGUAAAAAAGGUGCAGCCUGCAAAUUUGUCCAUGAAAUGAUUCUGUCUCAGCUGCCAGGGGUGUACACAUUCUGCAAAAACUUCCAGAACUCAGUGUGUGCUUACCCCAAAUGUAAAUUUGUUCAUGCCACUGUGUUUGAGAAGGAAAAUUUCUUUAGGACGGGAUAUUUACCACCACAUACACUAGCCCAUCUAAAAGAGGGUGCUGUUGCACAACCACCUCCUCCGCCUCCUCAGCCUGAAGAACCCCCUGCGAACCUGCCACUUUUCCCUAAUGCUCCGCCACCACCUGCAAUACCAUGUGUCACACCUGCGGUGGUAGCCUUUAACCCAACAGAUCCCAACAUAGAACGAGCAGACCUGAACAUGUUUAGAUCACCAAACAGCACUUCUCCAAAACGCGAGUGGGUGAUCGACACUGAAGUCGGCAGCUCGCCGCGCGACCUCCUCUCCGGUGAACCGCUUGCAAAGAAAUGCAAAAAUUGUGAUAGUAAUGAAUUCAGGUUGCAGUUCACUAAGACGAAAAUAGAAAAGUUGAUACGCGCGAAUGAAGAGCUCAAGGCGAAUCUUGCCAGAGCCUCCAGAAGGAAGGCGAAGCUCGCCGUCGUCAUUGCGGCGGUACUCAAACAAGCGAAAGAUGACAAAGUACCGACCUCUCCGCCCAACAAAGAAAAGGCAUCUACCAAACUAUCAAUAAAGGCAAAAAGAAGGGAAGCCAAAAUAAAAGAGUAUAUACGCCAUUUAACAGGGGCCAAUGUUAUGGAUACAGAUCAAAAUAUCCGAACUAACAUUGCUAUGGAUAUCGAUAGCGAUAUUGACGGUAGUGCAAUCAUUUCAGGCGGUAAUAAAUCAGCUGAACCAACUACUUCAACGACUCAAGUGGUAAAGAAAUUAGAGUUUAAAACUCCUACUAAAAAGAGUAAUGCCUAUGCUAGAUCGCUUAUCGAUUCAUUGAUGGGCAACGUAGUAAAAGAAGAAUAUGCACUUUUGAAAAAACUUCAUAAGGAAAAACUGGAGAUGAAAAUGUUAGAGAAGGAGUAUAAACGGAAAUUAUUUGAAAUGGAAAUGCAAAUAAAAUGUAUUAAAUUGGAGAAAUUGUAAUUAAUAGAAUCAUU